AUGAUAUUAAAUUAGCAAGAGAAAAAUCUUUAUCAAAUAAUUUCAAUUUAUGAAAGUAUGGGCUAAACGCCAAAACAUUUGAUUCUCAAGUAGGAGCUGAUCACGAAAAUCAAUGUACUUAUUAAGAUUUCAAUCAAUGGAUAGAUUUUAUCAAAUAAAGUAUUUGCUAUUAUGGCAAAUAAUAUAAACGAAACUCUAGAUCCAGCUUUUUUGAAACCUGGAAAAUUUGAUCGUAAGAUUGAAUUUCAAUUGCUUGAUACGAGACGAUAGGGCUCGAUAUUUCAAACUUUAUCAUCAAAGAAGAUUUAUUUUGAUGAAGGGGAUUUGGAUGAUUUAAUUGCCAGACUUGAUAAACAUUUUUGA